AUGCGAGAUGCUCUUAAAAACCUGAAAGAAGACGAGUCCAGCAUGGUCCUCCCAACGGACAAUAUCAUGGAUACCGACACCUACCGUGCCAAGAUGUUUACGCUUAUUGAGAACGGACCCUACCAGCUCCUCAACAAAGAUCCGACAGACCGUCUGACCCGCAAGUUGUCCGAAAAGCUGCUCACCUUGAAGCGAAGUGGAUAUCUAUCUGAGGCCGUUUACAACAAGAUCCGACCCCGACACAAACAGCCGCCUAGAAUCUACGGUUUACCGAAGAUCCAUAAGGCCGACGUACCGCUAAGACCUAUCGUGUCGAUAUUGAUCCCAGAAAUUUAUAUUCCAAAUCCGUACCCUUAAUACAGUACAACUUAGUAUAAUUUUUACUGUUAAAAUAAUUGGAUUAAUGCCAUUUUUAACCCUGAUCACUCUCAUUUGCACAACCGAACUACUGGCUGAACAGUUUUUUAACUAAAUGAAAAAUUGCGUUUUUAAACCUUUUCUUUUGUUUUAAGUCCUAAAAAAAUAGGGGUCACGAGGCGUUUUCUAUGUAUUUCAGAUUUUUAAAUUAGUCAUCAUAUCUCGUUCUAGCACACCUAACACCUCCAAUGAUACUAAAACACUAUUCUUUCAUUUUCUGAAGUUUUUCAUGGAAACAUAUCGUCCACUACGUUUUCCUUUUUCCGGUUUUGAAGCGGAAAAAGUCAUGAUUGAGCCAAUUUGACUCGUAGAAUGUAGGGAUAAAUAUCCCUUCCAUAGGCACAUGGAUUGCUAUAAAUGUAGGAAAUGUUGGUCGUGCGUAAACACCUUUGCAUAUGAUUUAUCCGCUUACUUAGCCAACAUCCUGUCUCCUUUAACAGGAAAGUCAGAGUACACGGUGACCAAUUCAGCCCACUUCGCAUCCACCGUCAGCAAUGAGACGAUCUUAGACAACGAGAUCAUGGUAUCCUUCGACGUAGAAUCGCUGUUUACCAACGAUCCUAUCGACACCGCUGUACAAGCCGCACUGCAGAAACUCGAGAACGACCCAGGCCUUGCAGACCGCACCACGCUAACGCCUGCACAGAUCGCUGACCUUUUGACCUUCGUAUUGAGAUCCACAUACUUUUAG